AUGAGUGAACAGGAGAAGGAGACGGAGGAGGAGGAGGGAGGGGGCGCUUCCGACACAGCACCCAUGCUGCCAGGAAGACUUCCUGACUGCCGGACCUCAGCCCUGAUGUCCCCAGGAUGGGUAGGCCUGGCUGUCCGAGGCUUCAGGUCCCUGUUGCUGCCCGGCCAGGCCCUGGCAGGGCUCCUGCUGCACCUGCUGUUGCCCGCCGCCGUGUUCCUGCUGGUGCUGCUGCCCGCGGCGGCCAUCGCAUACCUGGGAUUCCUGUGCCACUCAAGGGUUCACCCGGCACCCCGCCCCGCGUGCCGCGCGCUCCUCUCGGACAGAAGCUCCGCGGCGCUCAUGGUCCUCGGCUUCCUCUCGUUGCCUCCGCUGCUCGUGCUUGCUUCGGCCGCCCGCACCCGCCUGGCCCGGCGCCUCCUCACGCUGCUACCCCCAACUUGGACCCCUGGACCCCGCCGCCACCCGGGGUGCGGCGACCGUGGGCGAGUGGGACACCACGCCGACGGGGAGGAGCAGCUCUGA